CGCCAGACCACCAAAUUCUCGCCGCUGCAGUUCUGCGAACCGAACCCCAUUUUGCUCGUCUACCCUCAGUUCAGCCCGGCCGACAACCCGCGAUACCUUCCUCAACCAAUCCCUUCACCACCACCAGCAAAACACCGCCAAAAUGGGUCGCGUUCGCACCAAGACCGUUAAGAAGUCCGCCAAGGUCAUCAUUGAGCGGUACUACCCCAAGCUCACCCUGGAUUUCGAGACCAACAAGCGCAUCUGCGAUGAGAUCGCCAUUAUUGCCUCGAAGCGCCUGCGCAACAAGAUUGCCGGCUACACAACCCACCUGAUGAAGCGCAUUCAGCGCGGCCCCGUCCGCGGUAUCUCCUUCAAGCUGCAGGAGGAGGAGCGCGAGCGCAAGGAUCAAUACGUCCCCGAGGUCUCGGCCCUCGACUUCACCCAGAACUCGGAGAAUGGUCAGCUGGACGUCGAUGUCGAGACCAAGGACCUGCUCAAGCACCUCGGCUUCGACUCGACCAUCCCCGUCAACGUCAUCCCCGUUACCCAGACCCAGGCCACCGAGCGCGGCGCACGCCGCUUCGGCGACAGGCCCCCUCGUCGCGACUAAGUCGAGGCUGUUACGAACAAAAUUUUGGCGGUUGCAUCUCAUCAUCUACAACGGUACAACUCGGAAUGGCAAAUGGUAUUUAGGGAUUGGUUUGCUUUUCGGCGUCUUCAUGGGAAGGUAGUGAGAGCAUACUAGAUUCAAAGACAGGAUCUUUUGCCCACUAAGGUGUCGCUGACUCUCCAGGCUUGCCCUGGGGACGAUGCUUGAUUGCCAAUACUUCUUCCACCCCCAUGCACACACCAUAUAUCUUGUGCUGUGGUGCUGCUACUGUGAUGCCACCAACAGGUCGAGGCAAGCCAGCGUCCCGGUCACUGGCUUGCAUUCCUCGAUGACGACGAGGCGAAUGCACUUGCCAGGCCUAUGGAUGAAGUCCGCUUGCUCGACCGCCACUCCACCUUGGUGCCCUACCGGAUACUCUGCGGCAAACUGCUUUGUAUUCAGGGUAUCAUGGUUGGUGUAAGCCCAACUGAGUGUAAAUCAUGUGGCCUCGUGACCUAAUGACUGCAUUCCUCACUUUAUGCCGGACUCGAUUCCCCGCGCAAGCUCAGCGGGGCUUGUGGCCUUCGAGCAGCAUAUGUACGUCGUCCUCUCCAUCGGAGUCCUGCUCUUUGCUAGGGGGCUUUGGUGCUGCGAUGGUCUUUUUCUCCCGGAUGUCAAAGUCGAUCAGACUCUCCUUGCCCUUUCUCUUUGUAUCGCCGCGUUCGAGAGCCAGGGUCUUGGAUUCCUCCGUAGCCGCUAUGCCCUCCGCGUCUAUCCUGAGCCGCGCGAUGUCCUCGGCGAGCUUCUCAUCGGCGGGCGGGGCGGCGUCUCCCUUCUUCGCCUUGGGGCCGUCCUC